AUGACAACCCCCAAACCCCACAUCGCCCACACCCUCCUCUCACGCGCGCACUCCCCCGACACAGCAAGCCAACUCUUCACCGAGCGCAUAAAACAAAAGCCUCUCUACGUGCGGCCAACAUCCCCAACACCCGCCGACAACCGCUCACGGCGUCGCCUCCACCGCCUGCGCAAGAAAGAGUACUUCCUGCGCAAACAAAAGCCGCAGCCUUUAUCCGCGCGCCAGAAGCGCGCCUCGGGAUUGUACGACCUCCCCAAGGAAGAAUGCAAGUAUGCGAUUUUCCAGGAACUGCAUGGCAUGUGGGUGCGGUAUAUGCAGGAUAUGUUGGACUUGGGGGAGAAGAAAUUCAAGCCGCCCAUGACGCCGCUGUCGCAUGGGAGUAAGCUCUCCAGUGCGGAUUUUCAUGGGGCGGAGGUGGAGGUCGUGAGGAGUCGGUGUGAGGGGAGGGUUGGGGUUAGGGGGAUUGUGGUCAGGGAUACGAAGUUUACGUUUGUGGUGGUUACGAGGGGGGAUGAGGUUAAGACUAUUCCUAAGGAGCAGACUAUUUUCCGGUUUAGUGUGCCUUUGCCUGAGGCGGAUGAUGCUGAUGGGGCGGCGGGGGCUGGGGAGGCGAGUGCUGAUUCUCAGAAGAAGGACGAGCUUGUGUUUGAGCUUCAUGGCAGUCAGUUCCAGAAUCGUCCGGUGGACAGAGCGAAUAAGAAGUUCAAGUGGCGGAAUGUGGAUUAUAUCUAG